AUGUUGACUAGGCCCUUUUUUCGACCUGUAUCGACAAGGAGAUGGAGCAGCUCCAUAGCCGGUAAGUUAGUGGGCCGUGACUUGACACCUACUAUCCCCACACUCAACAUCAACUCAGAGCUUCCCUCUGACCUAUCUUCCAUUUCCACACAUGAGCUUUUCACCAAAACAGGAUUUUUCUUCCAUCCCAGGCCAGGUCUUGUCCAUUGGCUCCCGAUUGGACUUAUGAUUCUACAUAAGGUUGAGGCUGUGACCAGGUCCAGAAUGCUGGAGAUAAAGGGUCAGGAGGUGAGCCUACUGACGUUGUCUUCCAAAUCACUCUGGGAGAAGACAGGCAGGUGGUCCAACACCGAGCUCUUCAAGCUCAAGGAUACGAGCGGGAAAGAUGAAUACUGCCUAGUGGCCACCUGUGAGGAAGAAAUCACUGCCCUAGUGAAGCACAAUCUCAAAUCCUACAAGGACUUGCCUCUAUUGUACUUCCAAAUAGGCAAGAAGUACAGAGAUGAGCGCAGACCAAGACUGGGACUUCUCAGAGGCAAGGAGUUCAUCAUGAAAGAUGCUUAUCUGUUUGAUGUCAGCGAGAAGGAUGCCAUGGAGACCUAUGAGAAAGUGGUUGGAGCCUAUUACAAGAUUUUCCAGGACUUGAAGAUCCCGUUCGUCAAGGCCGAUGCUGACACAGGAGACAUUGGGGGUUCCUUGUCCCACGAGUGGCAUUAUCUACACAAGACUGCAGGCGAGGACACGUUGUUCACCUGUGACAGCUGCGGUAAUAGCUCCAACUUGGAAAAGACGCUGAGUUACCCCGAGGAAGUCAGCAAAGGCGAAGAGGUGAGCGUGGAGUAUUUUGUCACCUCCGACGAGAGCACUCUAGUCUGCGCAUACUACCCCCUGAAUCGAGUACUUGAGCCAGGAUUACUCAAGUCUAAUGUGCCAGAUAUCAACUUGAACAAGAAGGAAGGUGCACACGACGAAGACAUUCUUUCAGGGUUUAGAGACGAAGAGGCGUUGAUGACAAAGAAGGUCAUCAGGGUAAUGGAUUCCAGGCUAGAUCACACAUCCAGGUUACCUGAUUUCCCUGUUCCCUUUGUAAAUCGUUCAUUUAUAACAACCAUGUUCGACACACCAAUCGUGAGUGCUCAAGAGGGAGAGAUUUGUGGAGAAUGUGAGGAUGGGAAGUUACAAAGUCAUAGGGCAAUUGAGGUUGGCCAUACAUUCUACUUGGGAGACAAGUACUCCACUCCAUUAGGGUUGGAAGUAGAGACUGCUGCCGGUAAGAAGCCGGUGGUCAUGGGAUGUUACGGGAUUGGUGUCAGCAGAAUCAUUGCAGCAAUUGGGGAAAUCUUGAGGGACUCCAAGGGGUUCAAAUGGCCGGCAAUUAUAGCACCGUGGCACGUCACCGUGAUUGAAGCAGGUAAGACGAACAGAAUGGCAGAAACUGAAGGUGCUGCUUCUUCGUUAGCAGAUAUUCAAUACAGAUGGGAUGACAGAGAUGGGGUCAGACUUGGAAGAAAAGUGCGCGAUUCCAACCUCAUUGGAAUCCCAUUGACGAUGAUUAUCGGGAAGCUGUAUCCUCAAGUUGAGAUAGAAGUCAGAGGAGAGAAGUUUGGAGAAGAAUGGAGAAAGGUGUGGGAUGAAAGGCACCAAGAGCUUGCAUGGGAGGUGGUAGAGGCUGAAGAAGAUAAGCCAGAGAAGCACUUGGUUGACAUCAGCAAUGCCUCUAUCGUAAUCAAAGCACUCUUGAACGAUAUGUAG